UACGCCGCUGUCUUUGUGUUUGCAUCCCUCGCCGUUGCCCCUGAUCUCUGUCAUAUACGGUGGCUUUUAAAACAUUUUUAUGAUGGCGGAGGACAGUGAAUCCGCGGCCAGUCAGCAGAGCCUGGAGCUGGACGACCAGGAUACGUGCGGGAUAGACGGGGACAACGAGGAGGAGAAUGAGCACAUGCAAGGGAGUCCGGGGGGAGACCUGGGGGCCAAGAGGAAGAAGAAGAAGCAGAAGAGGAAGAAAGAGAAGCCGAGCUCGGGGGGAGCCAAGUCCGACUCAGCUUCUGACUCUCAGGAGAUAAAGAACCCUGGCUUGCCCAUUCAGAAGCUGCAGGACAUUCAAAGAGCCAUGGAACUGCUGUCCUGCCAGGGUCCAGCAAAGAGCAUUGAUGAGGCAGCCAAGCACAAGUACCAGUUCUGGGACACCCAGCCUGUGCCGAAGCUAAAUGAGGUGGUGACGAGUCAUGGGCCCAUAGAAGCAGACAAAGAAAACAUUAGACAGGAGCCAUAUUCCUUACCUCAAGGCUUUAUGUGGGACACUCUGGAUCUCAGCAAUGCAGAUGUACUGAAGGAGUUGUACACAUUGUUAAAUGAAAACUAUGUGGAGGAUGAUGACAACAUGUUCAGAUUUGAUUAUUCACCAAACUUUCUCAAAUGGGCUUUGCGUCCACCCGGCUGGUUACCACAGUGGCAUUGUGGAGUGAGAGUGUCCUCAAAUAAGAAGCUUGUUGGUUUCAUCAGUGCCAUCCCUGCAGAUAUACGCAUCUAUGACACACUGAAGAGGAUGGUUGAAAUCAACUUCCUGUGUGUUCAUAAGAAGCUGCGCUCAAAGCGCGUUGCUCCAGUGCUAAUCAGAGAGAUCACACGGAGGGUGAACAUAGAAGGAAUCUUUCAGGCAGUUUACACAGCAGGAGUAGUACUGCCUAAACCUGUGUCCACAUGCAGGUAUUGGCAUCGUUCUUUGAACCCCAGAAAACUUGUGGAAGUCAAAUUCUCCCACCUGAGCAGGAACAUGACCCUGCAAAGAACCAUGAAACUCUACAGACUACCAGAUAGCACUAAGACCCCGGGUUUGCGGCCGAUGGAGAGGCAUGACAUCCGCCAGGUCACUGAACUGCUACAGAAAUUCCUGCGACGUUUCCAGCUUGCACCUUCUAUGGGAGAAGAGGAGGUGGCUCACUGGUUCUUGCCACAGGAAAACAUAAUUGACACAUUUGUAGUAGAGGGUGUCGGCGGUGUACUGACAGAUUUCACUAGUUUCUACACUCUGCCCUCGACUGUGAUGCAUCACCCUCUCCAUAGGAGCCUGAAGGCUGCUUACUCUUUUUACAACGUUCAUACACAAACUCCACUCCUGGACUUAAUGAAUGAUGCACUGAUCCUGGCCAAGCUGAAAGGUUUUGAUGUGUUCAAUGCCUUGGAUCUAAUGGAGAAUAAGGUGUUCCUGGAGAAGCUCAAGUUUGGCAUAGGUGAUGGAAAUCUGCAGUAUUACCUCUACAACUGGAAAUGUCCCCCUAUGGACCCUGAUAAGGUUGGCCUCGUCCUUCAAUAGCAGGUCUCUUCAUGGCUGCUACACAAACACUGAUCAAAAUGUCGCUAUCGACCUCUGGCUAUUCCUUACCUGGACAUACAGGUAGCCCAAGCUAGACAAUGAGAACUAAAACAGUAAAACCCACCUGGAGACUGGGAGACGUUUCAAGUACAUUCUCAGUUCACCCGGAGGUGGAAACUCUUAAAUCAUCAACAUCCUGAAUGUGAAGUCAUGCUAUGCCUGAGAUACUCAUACGGUACAACGCCCAUGACGUGCACCCUCACAUUUAAUACAUACCAGUUUGACAUACAAGAGGAUGCCUUGACAAUGUGAGUUUUGUUCAGUUCUUCUUCCUCAGCAGACACCUCGUUACAAAGAAUGGGGGAUCUCAUUUCAUUUCACUGACUUUGAUCUCUGUAAAUGAUAAUCAACAAGAAAACAUGACCACAGUACCAAACGAUAAGUUGUUGUGUCCCCACUGCAGCUGCAGUAUAAGAGGGUCUUAAAGCUAUUUAAAGAGUUAUUAUUUACAUCUCCCUCUCAUAUCAUUGUGGUCAGAUGUUUCCCUGCUGGCUGUUUUUGGGCCUCAGUAGAAUUUAGAAAUGCUAAGAACAUGUUUCUGUGAUAGCUGACGUAUAAAAAAAAAGCAUUUAGAAGACAAAUAUCUUAACUUUCCAUACACAGAAACUGUCAAAUAACACACAUAUAAAAAGGACAUCUUCAUGGAAGGACUCAUCCAACUGGUGCAUUGAUAUACAUGUUUUUUUGUUAUAAUUAUACGGUUACCUGUACAUUUAAAGCCAGAUCAUAUUUAUUCCUGUAGUGUGAGUUUGGGGGGGCUGACCAAAGUAUUUUCCUCAUAGUUAGUGUAGAUGUCACUGAGUUUGUUCAGAUAACGUGGGUUUAAAGUGGUUUUUGAUGAAGAAUGUAUUGCAUCAAUGAAGCACAAUUUUUUAAGUUCCUUAACAAGCAAAAGGGUCCUUUUUUAUUUUAAAGGGUCAGAUUUAAAAAAGAUGGGUUGCGGUACAGUCUCUGUUUUUACAAAGGAUAUAAGCUGUUUUCAUGUUAUAAAAUUGUUUCUAGAGUAGAUUUUUAAUAGAACAUCUACACCACAUGUAGUUUGGUUAUAUUCACUGAUAUACUCAUGCAGCUAGCUUACUUGUCCAGUAAGUAAGGCUGAUAAAUAGGCAAAAGUUACAGUAGCUGAAAAAAGUAAGGAUGAUCAGCCCAAUGCAUAGCAAGACAGUGAGUAACAGCAUCAAAGCCUGGAAAACAACAACAAAUACAAAUUAAACUAUAACCAGUGUGGAUCUGAUUUAGAUUUUUUUUUUUUUAAAGAUAUAUAUAUCAAAAUUGUCUUAGUUUCUGUCUAGAGGCAGUUUUUUUUAGCAUAAAAAUGGCUUACUUACUUUGAAAAAGUAAAAAAAAAAAGAAAAAAGUUCUCAGUUAAAUCUUAUUUAAAGCAGCCAUGGUCAGUUGUCUUUGUCAAUUCAGUCAUUGCCGCUCACAGAGAGAAUAUGAGUAGCCUGUUACAAAGCUACGAAUUAUGGGCCCUUAAAAAGCAGCUGAUCGGACAGAAGUAAAACACUUUCUCCUGUUACUACAAAUAUAACCAUAAUUUCCCUCGCCUGCAGUAGGUUGUUAAACAUGUUCUAAGUCAAACUCUCAUUUAAAUGAAACAAAGAGAAUUUGAUUAUAAAAUAUAAAAGUGUAUUGAAAAUAUAAAUUUAACAGCAUGUAUUCAGAGCACAGUGGCUGAAUAAACAACUAUCAGUAAUCGCAUAAAUUUGAAAUUUGAGCUUUUCCUGUUUAUUGAGGUACUUUGACUAAUCUGGAUUUUUUUUUUAAAUGGUUCUGUAUUUAUGUCUGAAAAAUAUACUGUGGGUCUUUUUUUUGUGUGUCGUGCAGCUAAAUGAAAAUUAUUUGAACAGUCCUGAUAUUUAUAAUUGUACUCAGCAAAAUGUCUCAAGACAUAAUUCCUCUUCUUUUUCUUUCCAGUAUUUCCCCAAAUUUUCAAUAUUUGUCAUUUACCAGUCAGAUGAAGAUCUUUGAUGAAAAACUGUUGUCACGCCACUCGUUCUGUGGUGGAGCUGCUGGAGGACUCAAAAGUUAAAAUGCUUUUGAAUUGUUGUCUUGCUCUGAGUUUGUUACUUUGUGUUUUGAUGCUCCUGUUCAUGUGGCUCUGCAUAACUCAAGAGGUAAAGGCUGCUGCCAUUUUUGUUGUACCUUUUCUGUAUUUGGUGUAAUUUCCCUCGUAUCCCUUUAUAUAUUAGCAGGAAAGGACCAAUCGCUUCAGGGCUCAAAGAUUAUUAUUAUUUUUUUUACUAUUGAAAGGUUAAAUGAGUUACAUUGACAAAGACCAAUGUUACCGGCAUUAAUUUAACACUGAAACUGGGUUAUUGAGUCAACGGUGUGCCUCAUGGAUGUUGGUUGUGUCACAGAUGUGUUGCCUGCAGCUGUUUGAAUGAACUUUGAGCAUGUUAGUUUUGCUACUGUGAUGAUUUUUAGCAUUGAUGUUACUAGCCACACCCUUCAGUGAGAACUCAACCCGAAGUACCUGCCUUAUUUAAAAGAUGUUUUGUUUUUUAAUUAGGUUUUUUGGGGGGGGGGUGUACUUUUGAAACGAUAUACCGCUUUCUCUGAACUGAAGAAACAAUAUUUUUAUUCAAAUCCAUUGUAAGCUGUGAAAAAGCUGAAGAACUUGUACCAGCAUCAUCUAGACAUGACCCCCAUGCAAAUAACAAUCUGUUUCAACACACACGUCGGCUAUACCAGCAUGGAUAUUUGAUUGAAUAAACUCACUUCAAAAAGGUC